AUGAGACUACGAAGACGACCAGCUCCUCUAUUUCUCCUUUUGCUCCCCACACUGCCAGUCUUCGCGUCAGCACUACCCAAGGACACUGAUGGCAAGCAAGUCGCUCGGGACGCAAAGGUGCAAGAAUACGCGGCGAUACCGACGAUUGCGCCUGGAUCACCCGGAAAACUAGACAUUGGUACAGAAGAUGCGCCAGUUGAUGGGCUUGACGGCAAACCCCACGCGGGCCCUUUCGUGGAUGGAAAGCAGAAGAAGCCUCCCGCCGAAGUCGAAGACCUCUUGCCCGUGGGCACGAAAUUGCCCGACCCCAAGAAGAAGACACAGGACCUGACUAAGGAGGAAGUGGCGGCGCUCAAAGAGGAAGACGGCGUGAUGAAUGAUAAAAACCGCGCUACACCCAAGGACGGCACAGAUGGCACAAAAGACGGCGUGUCAGCAAAGACAAGGGAGAGGAAGGAGGAGGAGGAACGGACGGGCGAAAAGGCCGAGAAGAAGCCUGAUCCACCAAAGGAAGCUCCUCCACAACCACACGACGGGAAGAAGAAGAUCAAGGACAAGCUUACAGCAGAUUCGACCUCUACAAAGAAACCAGGCGCUGUUGGAUUUGAGAAACCUACUGACCUCCCCGAAACUCCCCACGAUAUCCCUCAUCCCGCUCCUCCUACGUCCAACGACGACCCUCUCGACAUCCCCACAAAGAAACCCUCCGACAAUGGCCCCUCCUUCGAAGACGAAGACCCUAGCGGCGUCAUCCAACCAUUACACUCCUUCUUGCUUUCCCUCACCAUGAUCCUCUUCUCCGAAGUCGGUGACAAAACCUUUCUUAUCGCCGCCCUGAUGGCGAUGCGUCACCCGCGCGCCCUCGUGUUCUCCGCCGCAUUUGCUGCCCUUAUUACUAUGACUGUCCUCUCCGCCGUCCUCGGUCACGCUGUUCCGACCCUUCUUCCCAAGCGCUUCACAAAUUUCGCGGCCGCCAUCCUCUUCCUCGUUUUCGGAGCCAAGAUGCUCCGCGAGGGUCUUGCCAUGUCACCCGAAGAGGGUGUCGGCGAGGAAAUGAAGGAGGUUGAAAUGGAGCUCGAGGAAAAGGAGCAAAGCGCGCGCCGGAAUUCCCGCCGCCGCUCCUCGAUAUCCCCUUACGUUCUCGAAGCCGGCCGCGCGCGACGCUCACGUUCAGGAUCACGGCUCCCAGCUCCAGCUCGCUCGCCGUCGAGUUCUCCUUCUCGCUCACGGUCUCCGAAUACUUCUUCUUUGUCAGCAGUUACCAGCGGUUUAACCAAUCUAUUUUCCCUCCUUCUCUCCCCGGCGUGGGUGCAGACGUUCGUAAUGACUUUCCUUGGCGAAUGGGGCGACCGCAGCCAGAUCGCGACUAUCGCCAUGGCCGCGGGGCAGGACUACUGGUGGGUUACGGGUGGUGCGAUUAGUGGGCAUGCGGUGUGUACUGGGGUAGCUGUUCUAGGAGGACGUGCGAUUGCGGGGAAAGUUUCUAUGCGAGUUGUUACCCUUGGCGGUGCAAUCGCUUUCCUCGUAUUCGGCGUCAUCUAUCUCAUCGAGGCGUUAUACUCCGGCUAA